AAUUUGGAAACGUUUUCCAUACUUGAACGAUGCAUUGAGUAGUCAUUUAUUCACUCAACUCAUUGGCGUUGGCGUAUGCUUCUUUCUCACUUUCUUCAACAAUAGAAUUAUAGUACUACGCUUUCCCCCUCUUACACUCAUUCAUUACACGAAACAUGCAUAACCAAUCACCCAUUGACCACCAAAUGUAUGCAUGUUUUGGUCCCCUUUGUUCAUGAUACUGCUGCAGUAAUUCUUGGUUGCUGGUAAGUGCAAGAUUUUACUGUGCCUAAAUAUACAGUACUUGUAAAGAUAGAUACUUUGACUUCUAUAAAGAUCUCACCUUUAAGUAUAGGCUCUUGAUUGUGUAGACAAGUUUCAGUCUUUGAUGGUCCAAUUGUUUGUAUUUUUGCUGAAAUCUAGAUCAACCCUUUAAAGGGUUAUAGCAAACAUUCAGUUUUGAAUAUAUCAAUCAUGAAAAAGAGAUUUAUUCUUGUGGAAUAGAUUGUUUGGGUUGUAUGUUGCUGAGUUCUUUGGUCAAACUUUGAAGAGUUGUAGUAAAGAUUCAAUCUUUGUUAGUGUUUGAGGAUUUUUUUAUCAUAGUACUGUAUACAUUCAAUUAUAGGGGGGGAAAAGGUUGGUGAAUUCUUGCUUUUUGGAUGGGGGAAGAAGAGGUUGGUAAUGUGGAAAAUGGAGAAACCAAGAUAAACCCAAAGCUUACUUUGUUACCUUUAAUUGCUUUGAUUUUUUAUGAGGUAUCUGGGGGUCCAUUUGGUGUAGAAGAUUCAGUGAAAGCAGGAGGCGGUCCUCUUCUUUCUUUGCUAGGUUUCUUGAUUUUCCCUUUGUUUUGGAGUGUCCCGGAAGCUCUGAUUACAGCUGAGCUUGCCACUAGUUUUCCUAAAAAUGGUGGCUAUGUCAUCUGGAUAUCAUCAGCUUUUGGCCCUUUUUGGGGUUUUCAGGAGGGAUAUUGGAAAUGGCUUAGUGGGGUUCUAGACAAUGCCCUUUAUCCGGUUCUGUUUCUUGAUUACUUAAAGAGAUCUCUACCGAUAUUUAAUAAUUUGAUUGCUCGGAUUCCAGCUCUUCUAGGAAUUACAGCUACUUUGACCUAUUUGAAUUAUAGAGGUUUGCAGAUUGUUGGGGUUUCAGCUGUUCUGCUUGCAAGUUUCUCACUAUUGCCAUUUGUAGUUAUGGGUGUCCUUUCGAUUCCUCGUAUCAGGCCUAAACGGUGGUUAGUUGUGAAUUCUAAGAAAAUAGAUUGGAGGGGAUACUUCAAUAGUAUGUUUUGGAAUUUGAAUUACUGGGAUAAGGCUAGUACGCUAGCAGGAGAGGUUGAAGAUCCAAGUCGUACUUUCCCAAAGGCACUCCUUGGUGCCGUUGUAGUAGUUUUUACUUCAUAUUUGAUCCCAUUGCUUGCAGGCACGGGGGCUGUCCAAACUAAUUCAAAUGAUUGGAGUGAUGGAUAUUUUGCAGAAGUUGGAAUGUUGAUUGGAGGGUUCUGGCUCAAGUGGUGGAUUCAAGCAGCUGCUGCAAUGUCUAAUCUGGGAUUGUUUGAAGCAGAAAUGAGCAGUGAUUCUUUCCAACUUCUUGGCAUGAGUGAGAUAGGAAUGCUUCCUGCUAUAUUUGCUAGAAGGUCAAAAUACGGAACACCAACUAUAAGUAUCCUGUGCUCGGCUACUGGUGUUAUCUUCUUGUCAUGGAUGAGCUUUCAAGAAAUUUUAGAGUUUCUAAACUUCCUCUAUUCUAUAGGGAUGCUUCUCGAGUUUGCAGCUUUUAUAAAUCUGAGAAUCAAAAAGCCACAUCUUCAGAGACCUUACAAGGUUCCUUUAGAAACAUUUGGUGCAGCAAUGCUUUGUUUGCCUCCUACAGUGUUGCUCGUUCUUGUUAUGUGUUUAGCCUCUAUACAAACAUACUUGGUGACUGGUGCAGUUAUAAUAGUUGGUUCCAUUUUGUACUCCAUUGCUAUUCUUGCAAAGGACAGAAACUGGGUGCACUUUGAGGCAGAACAGUUAAUAAAGCCUUCUGAUUGUGAUAUUGAAGGCCAUCCGAUUCUAUCAAAGGAACAUCAGGAAGUUGCAGAUGAAGCUUCGUUAGGCCUUCUUUCAGACCCUUCAUCUUUGACAGAACAGUUGCCUCCAAACCCAGAAGCGGGAGUUUCCAAAUCCGAAUAGGAGCUCUCAAUACAGUGUUCAUAGUCCAUCCAACAAAGUUUUGAACCAGUAAUGUCUUGUAGACUCUUAUAUACUUGAUUUUGCAUAUAUAAUUGUGUUGAACAAAUAGCAUCUGUGUUUGUUAUUACCAUUACCAGAUGUGAACAAUCCAAACCCCACAGAUUUUUUUAAACAAUUCUUGGGCCAUCUUCUCAUUCA